AUGCCUAAGAGAGCCAGGUCUCAACUUUCUAAACAUAGUUCUCAAGCACGGGUAGCAAAAAUACGUCGUAUGGGAGAAUCUUCACCUGAACGUUCACAACGCCUUGCUGAACAAAAUCAGAGAAACUCUCAGGUACGCGCACGAGAGUCGAGUGUCGAACGUUCACAACGCCUUGCAAAACAAAAUCUGAGAACCUCUGAGUUACGUGCACGAGAGUCGAGGCUGGAGCGUUCCCAACGUCUUCAUGAACAAAAUGUAAGAACCUCUGACUUACGCCAACGAGAGUCGAGUGUCGAGCGUUCGCAACGCCUUGCCGUACAAAGCUUGAGAACCUCUGAGCUACGCGCUCAAGAGUCGAGGCUGGAGCGUUCCCAACGUCUUCAUGAACAAAAUGUAAGGACCUCUGACUUACGCGAACGAGAGUCGAGUGUCGAGCGUUCGCAACGCCUUGCCGUACAAAGCUUGAGAACCUCUGAGCUACGCGCUCAAGAGUCGAGCCUGGAGCGUUCCCAACGUCUUCAUGAACAAAAUAUAAGGACCUCUCAGUUGCGCGAAAGAGAGUCGAGUGUCGAGCGUUUGCAGCGACUUAGAGCUCAGGCAGAGAGACAGCAGUUGUCCACAAAUAGAGUUCACAAUCGAAUUUUAGCUAACAGCAACAGACUGGCUUUCAGAUAUGAUCCGCAGUUUGAUUAUGCACAACAAGCGUCCGUCCAAAUCGGAGUCAUGAAUAAGAUCUGCUCUAACUGCUCUGCCAAGAAAUGGGCGGACGAACCUAAUGGUAUGUGCUGUGCUUCAGGUAAAGUUUGUCUUCCUAACCUGCAGGAGCCGCCACAACCAAUAAAAAAUCUUUUGACUAAUAACCAUCCAUUAUCUGGGCAUUUUUUAACAAACAUACGUAAAUACAAUAGUCUUUUUCAAAUGACUUCGUUUGGCGCAAAAGAAAUCAGGGAAGGAAAUUUUAUGCCCACUUUUAAAAUUGAAGGACAAGUGUAUCAUCUAAUUGGUAGCCUUUUACCACCAUCAGGCCAAAACCCACAGUUCUUGCAAAUAUAUUUUAUUUCGGAUGCAGACCAGUUAUCGUUGCGAUCAAGCAUCGCACCAACCUUAAAAAUGGAUUUAAUUCACGAAUUACAGACCGCUUUAAAUAAUCAUAACGUGUACAUACGAAGUUUUAAACAAAACUUAGAACUUAACUCCUCAGAUAAUUUAAAGUUAAUUAUUCAUUCAGAUCGCACUUCACAGACAGCACACAGAGGCAGAUAUAAUGCUCCUACUGUAAACGAGGUAGCUGUUCUCUUGGUCGAUGAAGACAAAGGUCCCAGGGAUAUAGGCUUACACGGUAGAGACGGGCAGCUCAAAAGAGUUUCUGAGCUACAUCGGUCCUAUGAUCCACUACAGUAUCCUAUAAUGUUUGUGACAGGAGAAGACGGUUAUUAUUUGACUAUCCCUCAGCAGGGUUCUGCGCGUAAUAAAACUGUUUCGUGUAUGCAAUUUUAUGCAUUUAGAUUAAUGAUUAGAACUAACUCUUUUAAUCCGUUACAUUAUUACAGAGACUUAUUUAGUCAAUAUUGUGUUGACAUGAUGGCGAAAAUGAUAUCGGAAAGAUUAAAUUAUAUUUGUCGGAAUCAACAAAGACUGAGGGCUGAUGACUACAUUCAUCUCAGAGAUGCCUUAAAUCAUGACGCAAAUGUUGACCCAUCAAAUAUCGGUCAACAUGUCGUAUUGCCAUCGUCAUUUACGGGUUCUCCGCGUUUCAUGCACGAGAAAACGCAGGACGCGAUGACGUACGUUCGAAAUUAUGGUAGACCUGACUUAUUUGUCACUUUUACAUGUAACCCCGAAUGGCCUGAAAUAAAAGCCGAGCUGCUACCAGGACAACGGUCUUUCGACCGUCAUGACAUAAUUUCACGUGUAUUUCAUUUAAAGAUGAAGAAAUUCAUCAAAUUAUUUGUCAAAGAACAGAUAUUCGGUAAAGUAAAAUGUUAUAUGGCAAGUGUGGAGUGGCAAAAGCGCGGUUUACCUCAUUGUCAUUUGCUGUUCUGGCUAGAAACUAAAAUACAACCAGAUGAGAUCGACAGUUUCAUAGUUGCGGAGCUACCCGAUCAACAAAUUGAUCCGGUACUACACGACAUUAUAACUAAAAAUAUGGUACAUGGACCCUGCGGAGAACAUAAUUUAGCUGCACCAUGCAUGAAGAACGGUGUCUGCACAAAAAAUUACCCUCGCCGUUUCAUGAACGAUACCCAGACCGGAGAGGAUGGGUAUCCAGUUUAUCGUAGGCGCGAUACAGGAAAUGGCGGUCGGAGCACUACGCUACAAAUCAGGGGCAACAUGGUGACGAUAGAUAAUAGGUGGAUUGUUCCAUACUCCCCGCUACUAUGUAAGACUUUUAACACUCAUAUAAACGUGGAGUAUUGCCACUCUGUCCAAGCCAUUAAAUAUAUAUGUAAGUAUAUAAAUAAAGGUUCAGAUCAGGCAACUUUUAGCCUUAGAAACCCACACGAUGAGGUCGAAAACUAUUUAAAUGGCAGGUACAUAAGCACAUCUGAAGCUGUCUGGCGCUUAUUUGAAUUUCCCAUUCACGAGCGGCAUCCUAUUGUAGUGCAUUUGGCCGUUCAUCUAGAGAACGGUCAAAGGGUGUAUUUUACACCAGGGACAGCUCAUCAAGUUGUCCAAAAUCCACGCAAUACCACAUUACUGGCAUUUUUUGCUCUCUGUAAUGAAGAUGAAUUCGCGAAAACUCUUCUGUAUCAUGAAGUCCCGCAAUACUAUACAUGGGCAAAUAAUACAUUCACUAGAAGGAAGCGUGGUGAAGAUGUAGUUGGACAUCCGGGGAUAAAAAAAGAUGCCGCUUUAGGUAGAGUCUACGGGAUACAUCCAUCCCAAUCAGAGUGUUUUUAUCUUAGGAUUCUACUGCACCACGUACGCGGUCCGACCUCAUUUGCAUACCUUAAAACUGUAAACGGUAUUGUCAAAGAGACGUAUCAAGCAGCUUGCCGUGACCGAGGUUUACUUGAAAACGAUGAUCAUUGGGGUAACACUUUAAGCGAAGCUUCGUUAUCACAUUGUCCAAAAAAACUAAGGGAGUUGUUCGUAAUCAUACUUUUAUUUUGUCAACCAUCGGAACCAUUGAAGUUAUGGGAUACUUUCAAAGAUCAGUUCUGUGAAGAUAUUAGACAUCGUAUCAGACAACAAAAUCAGGAUAACACUUCACCCUUCACUGAAGUCAUUUAUAAUGAAGUAUUAAUUGAAAUAGAAAACAAACUUCUAGAACUAAACGACAAAAAUUUAAGUGAUUUUGGAUUACCUUCUCCCGUUCGUACCCAGAAUAAUACUAUUGACACAAUAGUACAACAGUAUAACAGCAAUGAUCUAACAGCGUUUGUUAAUGACAAUGUGCCAAAAUUAGUACCAGAUCAAAGACAUGCUUAUGAGACUAUUGUGGACAGCGUGAACAAUAACAUGGGGAGAUUAUUUUUUUUGGACGCACCAGGAGGCACCGGAAAGACUUUUCUCGCAAAUUUGAUACUUGCUAAGAUACGGCAAUCAGGGAAGAUAGCGAUUGCAGUUGCUUCGUCAGGAAUUGCUGCAACUCUCUUGAACGAAGGAAAAACUGCUCACUCUACGUUUAAACUCCCGCUAUCCGUAUCUUUAGAUCAACGGUCUACGUGCUCUAUUCGGAAAAAUGGGCCUCUUGGUAAGUUGCUGCAAGACGCGUCGUUGGUAAUAUGGCUCAUGGCUCCACAUGAGCUCUAUGACUCAUGGUCAUAG